AGAAAUCUUACUCAAAUCAAAUGUCUAAGAGGAGAGGAGUCACAGACUGCUUCUGUUCAGUAAUGAAGGGGAUGAUUUGUUUUCUUUGCUGCUUCUGUUUGGUCCAGUGAAGGAGAGGAAGAUGAGUGGCGGAGGUGUGAGCUUUAUCAAGAUGCUGAUGACAAAGGAAAAAUGGCGAGCAGCCGACGAAGGUGUAGGGAGAUCAAGCUUAUUUUUGCUUUUGUUCAGCGGAGAAGAUGUGGCAAUAAUUGGUGAGAUGCCAACAAAAGUGGAGCAGGGAAAUCAGGCUGCUUUGCUGCUUCUGUUUGAUGAAGGUGUUCUGUUUGGCGGAGGAGAUGAGGGUGAGUCGGUGACUGGUAUGAGAUACCAAUGGAGUCACAGAGAUGGAGCAGGGAUGAGGGAGAGGGACAACCGACGAUGUGUUUCUGGUUUUCUACUUUCUAAUUCUAUUUUUCCAAGUGUUUUACAAAUAGUACUUUUUUAUUAGGGUUUUUAGAUUUAAUUUUAGUUUAAAUUUAAGGUUUUUAAUGUAAUAUCAUUAAAAAGAUGGGAUAAAAUAGAUAAAUUACA